GCCAGCUCCACUUCACAGCCGGGCGGCCGCCACUCGCGAAACGACUCUGGGCCGCUUGGAGGGUAUUUCCCCGCCUCCCGCCCUCGUUGGCUUCUUCCUUCCUUCCUUCGCAUUUGCAGGCCGCUGAAGCCCGCCGUCCUGUGAGAGCCUGUUUCGGCCAGCCAAGCUGGCCUCCGCCGUCGCCAUGGAGCCUUGCACGACGACGGGUGGCUCCUGCGAGAAGAAAAGGAUUAGCUCAGAACGUAGAAAAGAGAAGUCUAGAGAUGCUGCCAGGUGUCGGAGGAGUAAGGAAUCAGAAGUGUUCUAUGAACUUGCUCACCAGUUGCCUCUUCCCCAUCACGUGAGCGCGCAUCUUGAUAAAGCCUCUGUUAUGAGGCUUACAAUCAGCUACCUGCGCAUGAGAAAGCUGCUUGAUGCAGAUGACCUGGAGGCAGAAGCUGAAAUGGAGACACAGUUGAAUUGUUUUUACUUAAAAGCUCUUGAUGGAUUUGUUAUGGUUCUCUCUGAAGAUGGUGACAUGAUCUAUACAUCUGAAAAUGUGAACAAGUGUAUGGGGCUCACUCAGUUUGAGUUGACAGGACACAGUGUGUUUGAUUUCACUCAUCCGUGUGAUCAUGAAGAGUUGAGAGAAAUGCUCAUCCAUCGAAAUGGUCCUGUGAAAAAGGGAAAGGAACAGAAUACAGAACGGAGUUUCUUCCUCAGAAUGAAGUGUACAUUGACUAGUAGAGGAAGAACUGUGAAUAUAAAAUCAGCCACAUGGAAGGUACUUCAUUGUACAGGUCACAUUCGUGUUUAUGAGAAUUGCAACAAUCAGACUCUGUGCGGCUAUAAAAAGCCUCCCAUGACAUGUCUGGUAUUAAUUUGUGAGCCUAUACCUCAUCCAUCAAAUAUUGAAGUCCCAUUGGAUAGUAAAACAUUCCUCAGCCGCCAUAGCCUUGACAUGAAAUUCUCCUAUUGCGAUGAAAGGAUUACAGAACUGAUAGGGUAUGAUCCUGAAGAACUCCUGGGGCGUUCUGUAUAUGAAUAUUAUCAUGCACUGGACUCUGAUCAUCUGACCAAAACACACCAUGACAUGUUUGCCAAAGGGCAAGUCACCACCGGACAGUAUCGAAUGCUUGCCAAGCAAGGGGGCUAUGUCUGGGUAGAGACUCAAGCAACUGUUAUAUACAAUACUAAGAAUUCCCAACCACAGUGUAUUGUGUGCGUGAACUAUGUCUUGAGUGGAAUUGUUCAGGGAGACUUGAUUUUCUCACUUCAACAAACAGAGUGUAUGUUGAAACCAGUGGAUUCUCCCGAGAUAGGAAUGAUGAAAGUACUCAAAAAGAGUGAUCUGGAAGAUAGAAACAGCCUCUUUGAGAAACUUAAGAAGGAACCUGAUGCAUUAACCUAUCUUGCUCCUGCUGCUGGAGACACCAUAAUAGCAUUAGAUUUCGGCAAUGAUGAGUCAGCUGAGCAACAUUCUGAUGAUGUUCCUUUGUAUAACGAUGUAAUGCUCCCCUCAUCCAGUGAGAAACUGCAGAGUAUAAACUUGGCAAUGUCCCCACUACCUGCUUCUGAAACAACAAAGCCACUCCGUAGCAGUGCUGACCCAGCACUCAACAGAGAGGUGGUGGCCAAACUGGAGCCCAACACAGAGCCCUUAGACCUUACUUUCUCCAGCCGGCGGACCCAGGACCAACCCACUACUCCUUCUGAUGGAAGUACCAGCCAAAGCUCACCUGAGCCCGAUAGUCCUCCUAAUGAUUAUUGCUUCAGUGUGGAUAAUGAGAUAGCCAGUGAGUUCAAGCUGGAAUUGGUGGAAAAGCUCUUUGCAAUAGACCCAGAAUCAAAAAACCCAUUUUCAAUGCAGGAAACAGAUUUAGAUUUGGAAAUGUUGGCACCUUACAUCCCCAUGGACGACGAUUUCCAGUUGCGCACCUUUGACCAACUUUCUCCACUGGAGUGUAGUUCUGCAAAUUCUUCUUCUAACGUGACUCCUGUGACUGGGUUUCAGCCAACUCCGAUGCAGUCAUCUGCCACAGACACGGAAAAAUCCAUGACAAUCAAACAUGAGACUGAUCCGAAGAUGCUUAUAACUCCUGCUCCUAUCGACCCCAAAGCACUCACAGAUCCCGCUCCCAUAAUCAGUGCCCUGGCAUCACCUUAUACUAAGAAUCAAAGUCGGACUGCAUCUCCAGUCAGAACAGGAAAAGGCACAAUAGACCAGACAGAACAAAUGAGUCCAGGAACACCGGACUUGUUGACAGUCACUUUUGGUAAAAGUAGAUCAGCUGAAGUGAAUGAAGAUAUCAAUCCAAGGAUAAUAGCCCUCCAUAACAUUCAGAGGAAACGAAAAAUGGAGCAGGAUGGCUUGCUUUUCCAGGCAGUAGGAAUUGGCACAUUAUUGACACAAUCAGGGCCUCCUGGAACAAAUGUAUCACUGGCUUGGAAACGUGUAAAAGGAUGCAGAUCAAACGGACAGAAUGAGGUGGCGGAAAAGACAGUCAUUUUGUUACCAUCAGAUAUAGCAAGUAAACUUCUAGGGCAGUCAAUGGAUGAGAAGGGACUCCCACAGCUCACCAGCUAUGACUGUGAAGUCAAUGCUCCUAUACAAGGCAACCGAAACCUGUUACAAGGUGAAGAGUUGUUCAGAGCCCUGGAUCAGAUCAACUGAGCUUCUCCUCCCCUACCUCCCUCUUCAUAAUUGUUCUGUUUUCUUGGACAUUGGUGAUUCACACCUAAAAGCAGUCUAUUUAUAUUUUCUAUAUCUGAUUUUAGAAGCCUGGGUACAAAUACUGCACUAAUUCAGUUAGUUUGCAUCUGAUCCCCUUUCUACUUUGGACAGUCUCUUACAUAACAAGUUUUCUUUCUCUCUCUCUUUUUUUUUUUCUCCUUUUCCUUUUCCUUUUUUUUCUGUUACUCAGCUAAUGAAGCAUUUUUGGUACAUAAACAGUCCAAGUCAGUUACAGUUAGAACAUGCUCAUAAUGACAGCUUUGAAGUAGGCACCUUUUCAAAAAGUAUUUAUUUUUUAUUUUGACUGGGAGUUUGUCACUGAAGAAUUUCUAUCUGAUGAUACGUGGCCACAAUAAAAUUGUCUAAGCCUUCUAUCAUGUGGUUGUAGGCAUACUUGAAGGCACAUUGUGCUGUUGAUCUCUGAUGUUUGAAUAAAUUUUUACUUUACUUUUUUAAAAAAAAGAAAUAUUACUUUGCAGCAGUGCAUUUGUAGCCACAUCGCACAAUCUAUUUUCUUAUGAAAAUAAACAAAAUACCAGCAGUUCCUCAUGCAAUAUUGUGCAUUUAUAAAGCUAGUUUUUAAGGUGAACAUUUUUUUUCUUUUAUGUUUCUCUCUUAUGUUAAUUACCUGUGAAAUCAUGUAGAAAUUUUGGAGUAGUACUAUAUUUUUGUUAUGUUGUAUUUCAGGAUGCUCCUAAAUACUGUGUUUUGAUAUUAAAGUAUGAUUAGGGGAAAAGUAAGUUGCGUGUGGGAGGCUAGCAACAUCUGGAGACGUUUAGGUUAGGAAAAAAGAUUAUUGGGGUAGGGAAUGGGAAUCUCAUACAAACGUUUGUGGAGCAAGUGGAUGGAUUUUUUUUCCCCUUCUGCAUUUUAAAAAAUUGGGCCCACUGAAUAAAGUUGAUCUUCAGGCCAGUUGAAAAUCAUUUUUUACCUUUUUUUAUUUUUCUGCAAAUGAAUUAACUCACUGCCAGAAUAUGGAGACGGCCAUUUUAGAAAUAGCUUCCUAAAAGAUGACUCUUUAAAAGAAAAUAGACAGGGUUCUUAAGGUCAUCUUUGCUUGAAGGCAGUGCGCCUCCUAACAGUUUGCUGGGGGACAAACAGCAGAGGGAAGGGCUUUGUUUUCAUGCCUUGCUUAUGGACUUCCUAAAAGCAUCUGGCUGGACUAGAUGGACCUUUGGCCUGAUCCAGCAGGGCAGCUGUUUUGCUAUUUAUAAGAAGAAAUUUUCUUUCAUGUGAAAGAAUAAAUUUUUGAUGUCUAAGUUGUUUGGCCAGCAUAAAAUUCUCCCUAGCUCUUAGCUGUGAAACUACAUGCUAAUACUGUAUACCAAUAACAACUUAAAUGUUCCCAUUACCCUGUUUGGUAGAGGUGAUAUUUUAAAAUAAACCAUAAAACACGUUGCUUUUUCCGCAAAGUUAUCUAGUUUCAUCACUAAGUUGCUUGCUAAUAAUUCAGUGUUUUGGAUUUUAAGUACCUUGUUGCUAUUAACAUCAGAGCCCCACCCCCACCCCCAUUAAGCAUAGCUUUCAGUAAUGCUGAAUAUACUUUAGAACUUUUUUAUUUAGCAGAUAAGUCACAAAACAUCUUAUUUUCUUUCUAGAUGCUGUAUAAUAAAUUCUGCCCACCGAUUCUUUUUUCCUUUUUGUGGUUGGAUAUGACACUAACUGUAUUGUUUUAUUACAUCAAUAAACUAUGUGGACCAGGCCUGUAACAAAAGGUUGUAUCUGCAGAUGAUAGUGAA